UGCUUUGCCAGAAUCUUUUGUCUUUCAUAAUCUGUCACCAUCGAAAUUAUAUACUGUGCACGAAUAAGAUUAGAUCUUUAUGUUCAUCUUUGCGUUUUAGGUAGGUUUUCCGAUUUCAAGUCUUGGCGAAAGUUCUAUUUAAGUUUUCUCUGCGAUUUUAGGGUUAUUUGAUUUUUGACAGCAAAUGCAGAUUUCUUAUUACAUAUCUUUUAAUUUUUCUUCUUUAAUCUCUUGAAAUUGUUUGUUUACUAUGAGUUCAUAGUGGAUGAUAAAAAGUUCGCUUCUUUGGUUUGCUUCUCGAUUACCAAAUCCCCUGCACGUGAAUGUCAGUGAUCGUCCCCCCACAUCACAAAACAUCCACAUCUAUUUCUCAGAUAUAGAUAAAAGUACCCUUCUUCUCCGCGAUGGCAGGUGAAACAGUUGUUUCUUGAGCUUUUUUUGGUGUUUAUUUAUACCAAGUGCAUUGAUGUUAGUCUCAUCGUUCCUUUAAAAAGAGCAAGAAGUUUAACUCCUUGUAGAGAAAGCGACUUUGCUCCCAUUCCUUCAUUCAAUUCCAAGAGAUCAAACAGAGGGUGUGAAGAGGCACCCCACCCGACCAUGGCAGUCUCGUGAGGAGGACAGAAGACAGAAUAAAAACAUCAACUUCUGCUUAUUCCAUUAAAGAAUGACAAGAAGAUGCACAUGAUCACAUCCUUCGUCCCUCACACGUCUUCGGUUAUCCCCAUGUCUUCCUGCUGGUAGUUUUCCGGUGGCUUAAUCUGCCACAAAUUUCUCUUUGUGCGACGAAUUUGUAGCUCAGAUUAACUACCAAGUACUGCAUUGCCCGAUUCUUCCCACUUCAGAUCUCUUCUCUAUAGCCCUACGGGUGUGCAGCAACAAAAACUGUCGUUUUUUUCGUGUAACUUCUUGUUAUAGAUAUGAGGGCAUGCUGCUAUCGGUAUGAGUGGGUUACACUUUUCUUUAGACAAGAGCGCAUGAACGUCAAGUAGCUACAAUGCUUCUGAAGUCAGCUCAAAGAGAAGAUACUUUGAGGCUGCCGCUGGUUCUUUCUGAGAACAAUGCAAUGCCUAUCAUCACCAGCAAACCCCGGGCGAGAGAAGUUUCUUCUAGGUACGGUGCAGGGAUGUCAUCAACUACAAUUUCCAACCCCAGUACUCCGAGACGAUGCUCAUCUCCAACUGCCAGUCGCACAUCCCCUGUGCGGGCGACAUCGCAAACGAAGCGAGCCCAAUCAGCAGAGAGGAGAAGACCAAUUGCCUCAUCACCGAGGUUUUCAACACCCACAACCCCAUCUUCUAGGCCUUCCACACCCUCUCAUCCAUCUUCAACUUUGGCAACACCCAUUCGUGAUACAGUGACAGAGACGCAUGACAAAACCAGGCGGUUGCUCAGCAGCAAAACCCCUGAUGGGUUGUGGCCUUCGAUGCGUAGCCUGUCAUCUUCAUUUCAAUCCGAGUCUGUAUCAGUGCCUGAUAGUAAGACGGAAAAAGUAGUUGCAGGUUCUUCCUCAGAUCAUACGGUAAAGCCUUCAGCCAACGGGGCACCAGAGAGGAAAAGGACCCCUUUGAGAGGGAGGAACACUACUGAGAACUCUUGUCCAAUGGAUAACUUGAAUGCUAGGGUCAUUGAUCAACACCGGUGGCCUGGUAUGCUGGGCAGGAGGGUGUCUGCAAAUGCCUUGGCAAGAAAAGUGAUACCAACAGACAAGAUUAGCAUAUCUGCUUCUUUAUCAGUUCCAUCAAGAGGGGUUUCACCAAAGAGAACCACAACAUAUGAUAGUGCAGCUAGAGAUUUCCAGCAACCAUUAACUGAGGCAGCCAGACGACCAUAUCCUGAUGGAAGUGGAAGGAUGAAGCAAGAUGCAAAAUUAGAUGUAAAUACUUCUUCACAACUUCCAGAGAGAUCUUCCUUAGUAGCAUGGAUGAGUACCACUCAUUCAACACCAAUCAAAGCUUCACAACGCUCUUCAUCACCAAGUAGGAUUUUGUCAUUGUCAUUAAAUACUUCCAGGGGCAUGCAGAGUCCAUCACGAACAAGACUGCCGACUUCUAUUUCAUCAUCUGGCAAUGGAGCUUCUCAAGCAUGUGCUGUAUCCUCUGUCCUUAAUUAUGCUGUAGAAGUUCAAAAGGGAAAGAAGAAUGCGAGUCAUAUUGAAGCUGCCCAUCAGCUGAGGUUGCUUCAUAAUGCAGUCUUGCAAUGGCAAUUUGUCAAUGCUCAAGCCGAUGACACUGUUUCCAUUCAGAAAAAUAGGGCAGAGAAGAUUCUCUAUUCUGCAUCGAAUACUAUUUCAAAGUUGCGUGAUUUCAUUAUUAGGAAAAGGAAUGAAGUGGAGCAUUUGAGACGACAGAUGAAGUUGGUCAUGAUUUUGAGAAACCAAGUGGCAUACCUUGACUGUUGGACACAAUUGGAAAGAGAAUAUGAUAGCUCCUUAUCAGAAUCAAUUGAAGUUUUUAAGGCAAGCACACUAUACCUUCCAGUGUCAAGAGGUGCAAGGGCAGAUGUAUUUUCUGUGAAGAAUGCUGUUAGUUCAGCAGUUGAUGCUAUGCAAGCCAUGGGUUUAUCGGUUUGUUAUUUGCUAUCUAAGGUAAAGAAUACACAGUCAAUGAUUUCUGAGCUUUCAGUUGUUUCCGCAAAAGAAAUGGCUAUGCUAGCUGAGUGUAGAGAAUUAUUAGCUUCAGUAGCAACAAUGCAGGUACAGGAAUCCAGUCUUAGAACAUAUCUUCUGCAACUGAGACAUGAUGGUUACAAGAUGAAGUAGUCAACCAAUGGCAUGCAUCCUCAGCUAAACUCCUAUCUAACAACUUAUAAUCCGCAGAGUUAACAACUACGCUUGUAUUAUUCUUGUUUUUCCAUUUCUUUUUUGUAUAUCUAUCACCUUUUAUGUGUUAUUUACACAUGUAAUAGCGCUAACAUGGAAAGAAAAAAAAAAAAAUAUUACAGAGAGUUAAAGCAAGGUUAAAAAUGUGGUGUCAAGAACAUGGGUAUUGAUAUUUAGAAUCCAUAGGUUCAUAGUUGUUGUAAAUAAUAGAAAUGAGGUUUUGUAGCAAGGACAGGGAUUGUCAUUCACUUUGGACACUCACUCUAAGAGAGCUAACAUGUCUAUCACCAUUUUAAUCCUAGAGUCGAAAAAACUUGGCCUCCAUGUUCGUUGUUUUGACUUCAAUAUCUAAAUGCUAGUAUUUGAUUCUUCUA